ACUAGUUUAUUUGUAAACUUAAUUCCAUUGAAAGUUGAAGAUGGAUUUAUUAAAAGAAAUUAACGAUAAAUUUUUAGCUUUGGAAGCUGAAAUAGAUUCCAAGCUUGAGUCAGUGAAACGAGAAGAGGAUAAAUGGGAAAGGAAUAAUGCGAUGUGCAUGGAAAAGAAGGCCCAACAAGAUCAAGCUCUGAAAAUUCUAACUUACGAACAAGCUUUGGUUAGAAACUCGAACUUACUAAAGUCGUUGGAGAUGACAAAAGCUCGUUUACGUUCUCGUUCCACAUAUUCACCAGUUGAACAAAUUUUGGAAAAGACAUUAACCAACUAUAAAAUAGACUUGCAAACUUCCCAACAAGAAGAAGGUAUUCAUCGAAGAUUAACGGAAAAUAUUUAUGAUACCGUGGGAGCAUGAUGAAAAUAUUAACAAAUUUACAUAUAUUAAUAUAUAUUAAAAACAAAAAAAAAAAAACAAUACUAUAAUAAAUA